AUGAGUAACGAGCGAGAUCCGGCGUGUAUACUACAUACGAACACAACCAACAACCAUCCUUCAAAAGAAGUACCAAGCCGGAGAGCCGACACGCGUACACGAACCGCUCACCGCAUGAGCUCUCGCUUUCCAAGCAUCCACGAUGCCGCCAGCUACGUGAACGAGGAGCUGCACCGCCGCGCACUGCUGCCGGCGUCGCAGAAGCUGCGCUUUCGCUCGACAGACGACAAAGCGCUGCAGCCGCAGCUGGCGAGCGUGAACAACGACAGGUUGUUGAUCAAUACGAUUCACAAGCUACUUAAAGCGCUGGACCGCGCCGAGCAGGUGCCCGAGACGGGUCCCGCAGAGGCCGCGGAGCUGCCAUCGCCCAAGCCGAAACCUGCGCCGGCGCGGGCCAGCCCGCCCAAGACCAAAGUUGUCAAACCCACGUCUCGACACACGCUCGCGUCCCUGCGGCGCUACGAGGUCACCAUUGAGCAGCUGAGAGACAAGCUGAGGCUCGACGGCCCGGACUUGACAUGGCAGGUGUCACCGCUUCCAGAGCCCAGCGCGCACGUGACUUCCAACAAAGUCACACGUGACCAAGACCUUGACGCCACGACCGCACUGCUCCGGAAGCUCAUAGCGCAUCGCGAUGGCUCCGAGAAAGCGCUGGCCGCUGUGACGGAGUUUCUACAGGCCUCCAACAGCUUUCUGUACACCCGGUGCGUGCACAAUUGCGAGUGCAGCGUGCCGCCGCCUGUAGCCAUCACGCAAAAGCAGGAAAAGGCGGAAGAGCCGGAUUUGGUGGCACCUAUUGAGCUAGCGGAAUGCUUAGGCAAGUUGCAGGAGUUGGUUGACGACUGGCACGACAUCGCGCAGCUGCUGUGA